AUGUACGAGUCCAUGACGGGGAGCAGCUCAUCUCUGCUCUACUUCUGCCUGUGCCAACACCCCCGCACCCCUCACCCACCAGGUGCAAAGGGCGAACCCUUCUUCUGCUGUAACAUGCACGGCCUUUCUUCCCACUCCUCAGUUCCGCCUUCAUCCUUCCUCCCGCCUGUGCCAUGCCCCAGCACCCCCCACCCACCAGGUGCAAAGGGCAAGCCCCUCUUCACUUGGUUUGGAGCAUGCACGGCCUCCCUUCCUUCCCACUCCUCCGUACUGACACUACCUUUCCUCUCGCCUGUGCCACAACCCCGCACCCCCCUCCGCCCAUCAGGUGCGAGCGGAGAGCUCGUCUUCAGCUGGAACAUGCGCCUCAAGGUGGCGGUGCAGGUGGCAAAAGCUCUCGCGUACAUGCACGGACUCAACUUCAUUCACCGAGAUCUCAAAGCCGCCAACGUGCUGCUCACUCCUGUGCGUGCGUGGGGGGAAGAGGGGAGGGAACAGGUGGCAGAAGCGCUGGCGUACAUGCACGGAGCCAACAUGAUCCACCGCGACCUCAAAGCCGCCAACGUGCUUCUGUCCCCGGAAUACGACGCAAAGCUGACAGACUUCGGGAUGGUGCGAGUGGGGCCAGAUAGGCAGUUGCAGUCGAUAGUAUCGACGCGCGUCAUGGGGACCAGGGGGUACACGGACCCCUCAUACAUGGAGACAGGACACCUGGGCGCCAAGAGUGACGUUUACUCCUUUGGCGUUCUCCUGCUAGAGCUGGUAACCGGGAGGAGAGUGGUGGACGAGGGAGAGAAAAUGGUCACCGAGUGUCGAACACGCUUCUCAGACCUCACACUUAAAGCCGUGGAAUACAUCGAUCCGCGUCUUGGUAACCAGUACCCGGAGCGGGGCGCCCGAGGCUUGGCGACUCUGGCUCGGCACUGCGUGGCGGAGGCUCGGUCGAGCCGGCCGGACAUUGGGACUGUACUGGAGAAACUCAGGCUGUUGAAUGAUGGGGUGGAGGCUGCAGCUAAAGCUGCAGCAUUGGAGACGGGGGGGUCAGGAUCGGUAGAAGGGGGGGAUAUGGAGGUGAACGGAGGUGACAAGGGAUCGUUAGCAGCUGUGGCACCAGUGGAGGUUGCUGCUUGUCAGCUAUUGGUAACCGGCAGGAGAGUGGUGAACGAGGGAGGAAAAAUGGUCACUAAGUGCAGAGCUCUCCUCUCGGACCGGAAUCUUGGACCUGAAGCUUAUAUCGACCCCCAUCCUGAUAACCAGUACUCCGAGCCAGGCGCCCGAGAGGAUGCACGAGGCGAACGAACGAUACUCGGAAGAGUUUCUGAGAGAGGUGAUUGUGCUGGGCCGGCUGUCCCACCCGCACCUCGUGCAUCCCACGGCUACUGCACAGAGGGCGAUGAGGCUCUUCUCGUGUACGAGUUCAUGACGAGGGGCAGCCUGGACAAGGCGCUACUAGACAGUGCGAGCGGAGAGCUCUUUUUCAGCUGGAACUUGCGACUCAAGGUGGCAGUACAGGUAGCAGAGGCGCUCGCGUAUUUACAUGGAGGAGCCCCCUUGAUGCACCGGGACCUCAAAGCCACCAACGUGCUGCUCUCUCCGGAGUGCGAUGCAAAGCUGACAGACUUUGGGAUGGUGGGCGUGGGUCUAGAGAGGCCGCUACAUUCGAUUGUAUUAACUCGCAUUAUGGGGACCCCAGGUUACAUGGACCCUUCUUACACGGAGACAGGCCACCUGGAUGCCAAGAGCGACGUCUACUCCUUUGGCGUUCUCCUGCUAGAGCUGGUAACCGGCAGGAGAGUGGUGGACGAGGGAGAAAAAAUGGUCAUCGAGUGCCGAACCCGCCUCGCCAACCUCACGCUUGAAGCCGCCGAAUACAUUGAUCCGCUCCUUGGUAACCAGUAUCCGGAGCAGGGAGCCCGAGGCUUGGCGACUCUGGCUCGGCACUGCGUGGCGGAGAACAGGUUGGCUCGGCCGGACAUUGGGACUGUACUGGAAAAACUCAAGUUGGUUGUGAAGGCGUGCGAGAAUGAUGAGGUGGAAGCAGCGGCUGAAGCUGCAGCAUUGGAGGUGGGAGGAUCAGGGUUGGUUGAAGGGGAGCAUACGGAGGUGAAUGGGGGUGAAGAGGGGUCGUCAGUGGCUGUGGCACCAGUGGCGGUUGUUGCUUGA